CUCCACCACACUCCCUCCCUCCCCCGGAGCAGUUCACAGUCUCCACUCCACCUCCUACCUAUAAACUUCCUUCCUCGUCCCGUCCUCUUUCCUCCCCAUCCGCAAUCCCCUCAUUUGGUACGUUCGUACGGUGAAGCAGGCGGAAUCCACCUUCUUCUAGAAUCAACCCGCCCGCCCGCCAUGGCGAGCUUCGCGAGGGAGGAGCACCAGUUCCUCGCCGAGCUCGGCCUCGCGCCGCGCAACCCGGGCUCCUUCGCCUGCGGCGCCUGGGGCGGCUCGGGCCCCGUCGUCGCCACCACCAACCCCACCAACAACGAGGUCAUUGCCGAGGUCGUCGAAGCGUCCGUGGACGACUACGAGAAGGGCAUGAGCGCCUGCUUCGAUGCCGCCAGGACCUGGAUGGCUGUCCCGGCUCCGAAACGAGGAGAAAUUGUUAGGCAGAUUGGUGAUGCCCUGAGAGCAAAGCUUCAUCACCUCGGCAGACUUCUGUCACUUGAGAUGGGGAAAAUUCUCCCUGAAGGAAUUGGGGAGGUUCAGGAAAUUAUUGACAUGUGUGAUUAUGCUGUGGGGCUAAGUCGUCAGCUAAAUGGAUCCAUCAUACCAUCUGAACGCCCAAACCAUAUGAUGAUGGAGGUCUGGAAUCCUCUUGGAGUUGUUGGUGUCAUCACAGCAUUCAAUUUCCCUUGCGCCGUGCUGGGUUGGAAUGCUUGCAUUGCUUUGGUCUGCGGCAACUGUGUUGUCUGGAAGGGUGCUCCAACUACUCCAUUGAUCACUAUUGCAAUGACUAAAAUAGUGGCUAGUGUAUUUGAGAAGAACAACUUGCCAAGUGCAAUCUUCACAGCUUUUUGUGGGGGUGCUGAAAUUGGUCAAGCAAUUGCUCUUGACACAAGGAUACCUUUGGUUUCAUUCACAGGAAGUACAAAGGUUGGUCAAAUGGUUCAGCAACAGGUUAGCGCGAGAUUUGGUAAAUGCCUUCUUGAACUUAGUGGGAACAAUGCCAUUAUUGUCAUGGAUGAUGCAGACAUUCCACUAGCUGUGCGUUCUGUUUUGUUUGCUGCUGUUGGCACAGCAGGGCAACGAUGCACUACAUGUCGUAGGCUGCUUCUUCAUGAAAGCAUAUAUCAAACAUUUCUUGAUCAACUUGUUGAGGUUUAUAAACAAGUCCGUAUUGGGGAUCCUAUGGAAAAGGGCACCUUGCUGGGACCACUGCACACUACUGCAUCAAAAGAAAGCUUUUUGAAAGGCAUCCAAACUAUCAGAUCCCAGGGAGGAAAAAUCCUUCUAGGAGGAUCUUCUAUUGAAUCAGAAGGGAACUUUGUUCAACCAACAAUUGUGGAAAUUUCACCUGAUGCGCCAGUUGUGAGGGAAGAAUUGUUUGGUCCUGUCCUUUAUGCCAUGAAAUUUCAGACCCUGAAGGAAGCAAUUGAAAUCAACAAUUCUGUUCCUCAAGGAUUGAGCAGUUCUAUAUUUACAAGGAAGCCAGAUGCUAUUUUCAAGUGGAUUGGGCCUCAUGGUAGUGAUUGUGGUAUAGUGAAUGUAAAUAUACCCACUAAUGGUGCUGAAAUUGGUGGAGCUUUUGGUGGAGAAAAAGCAACCGGUGGCGGACGAGAAGCAGGAAGUGAUUCCUGGAAGCAAUACAUGAGGAGGGCUACUUGUACAAUCAACUACGGAAGCGAGCUGCCUCUAGCACAGGGAAUAAAUUUUGGCUAGUUUGGUGCUGAAGGAUUGCCAGUGAAUCGUGCUGCAACUUGGGGAUAAGGUGUUGAGAUAUCUGCAGCGUGCAGCCAUCAUCUUCAGGAAAUUCUCUGUGUCGAUCAUUGCACCCAAAUUGCGACGUGCUGCUGAGUACAUAUAAUAAGAGAUAUGUUGAUCUCAUGUAUGCAUUGUUCAUGCCUUUUGGCAUGUUUAGCCAUCUGUGCCCUAGUGUAUUACUAAUAAACUGGAAAAAUAGCUUCUCUUCCGGUGAGAGCAACAUUGUCCGCAUUUUACCCUGAGAUCGGACCGGUCGAAAUAAAAGGAGAUCGUAGCCUUCA